AUGACCGAAAAAGUCCAGGAAGAGCUCCCGUUAGAAAUCAAUGGCAUUGAAAUACCAGUUGACAUAUCAAAGCCCAAUCCAAAUGGAAUAGAAUUCGACAACUUGUACCUGGAUAUGAACGGAAUUGUUCACCCUUGCUGCCAUCCGGAGGAUAAGCCAGCACCAGGAACAGAGGGAGAGAUGAUGGUGGAAAUAUUAAAAUAUACUGAAAGGAUAAUUUCGAUGAUUCGGCCUCGGAAGCUACUUUACUUGGCAAUAGACGGAGUGGCUCCGCGUGCCAAGAUGAAUCAACAACGCUCUCGACGGUUUCGAACUGCACAAGAGGCGAGAGAGAAAGACGAAGAGGCAGUAAAGCAGAUGGAGGAGCUUGAAGCUCAAGGAGGAAUGGUCGAUCCCGAACUCAAAGAAAAAAAGACUUGGGACAGUAACUGUAUCACACCUGGUACCGAAUUCAUGGCGAACUUAUCUACGUGCUUACGGUACUGGGUUGCAGAGAAACUGAACAACGAUCCAGGCUGGGCCAAGCUGAAAAUAAUACUUUCGGACGCUAGUGUACCUGGAGAAGGAGAACAUAAAAUUAUGGAUUACGUUAGGGCACAGCGGUCUAAUCCUCAGCAUGAUCCCAACACUAAACAUGUAAUCUAUGGUUUGGAUGCGGAUCUUAUCAUGUUAUCAUUAGCCACGCAUGAACCGCAUUUUAAGGUGCUUCGUGAGGAUGUCUUCUUGCAAGAAUCACAGGCAAGAGGUUGCCACAUAUGUGGACAGCACGAUCAUAUCGCGGCCCAAUGUACAGGCAAGGCAAAAGAAAAGGAAGGAGAAUUUGAUGAAAAAGGAAAGUCAAGCGGUUUAAAGCCGUAUGUGUUCCUUGAUGUGCAAGUAUUACGAGAGUAUCUGGAAAUAGAGUUGGAUGUACCAAAUCUGCCGUGGAGGUUUAAUCUUGAGAAUGCAAUAGAUGAUUGGGUAUUUCUUUGCUUCUUUGUGGGAAACGACUUUCUACCUCACUUGCCUUCUCUCGAGAUAAGGGAAAACGCUAUUGACACACUAACAAAUAUAUGGAAACGCGUUUUACCAAUUAUGGGAGGUUAUAUGACGCAGUGCGGAACUGUAAAUUUGGCGCGAGCUCAGUACCUUAUGUCAGAACUUGGUAUGAUGGAGGAUUCAAUUUUCCGUCGAAGACAUCAAGAGGAACAGAGGCGAGCGGCCCAUCAGGCGAACAAAUUACGAAGAAUUCAGGAGAACGCGACUGAAACUCAAAUAGGUGAUGUUAGUACAGGAGAACCUCAUUAUCCUCCAAAAAGAGUCCGAGAGUCGGAAGCUCUUGCUAAGCCUCCAGUCGGCAUCCCAAUUCUACCGGUUAAAGGUGUGGAUGCUAGAUUACGCGCUCAAACAAAUAAUCAAUUGGUGAACGACCGUGCAGCAAUCAGAAUGGCAAACGAUCCUAACCGUGUGGCUGCACAAUUAAUACGCGGUGAGUUGAGAGCGGAGCAGAGCACUAAAAGUGAAGUACCGCAAGUUAUCGGUCAUAAACGGAAAGCGGAUGAAAUGGAAACGGACGAAAUUAGUGAGGUUAAAGAAGAGAAACAAGAGACCGAGAAUGAAGGACCUACGGAUAGUGUCAGACUCUGGGAACCCGGAUUCAAGGAGCGAUAUUACAGGGAUAAGUUUGGUGUAGAAUUGACUGACACCGCUUUUUGCCGAAAGGUUGUAGAAAGCUAUAUUCAAGGUUUGUGUUGGGUGCUCAAGUACUAUUAUCAGGGAGUUUCUUCGUGGAAGUGGUUUUAUCCCUUUCAUUAUGCACCCUUUGCAUCCGAUUUUGUUGAUAUUGCCAGUAUUACUGUUGAGUUCGAAUUGGGCGAUCCCUUCAGACCGUUUGAGCAGCUAAUGGGGGUACUGCCUGCCGCAAGUAAGGAAUUCUUACCGGCACCUCUAGCAACAAUGAUGGUAGAUGAAAACAGCGAAAUCAUAGAUUUUUAUCCCGAAAAAUUCCGAAUAGAUCUUAAUGGGAAAAAAUUUAGUUGGCAAGGUGUUGCCAUCUUGCCAUUCAUUAAUGAAGAUCGUCUAAUGAAUGCAAUAAAUAAAGCAUAUAAUAAUUUAACUGAGGCUGAAAAGUUUCGAAAUAGACGCGGAAGCGAUAUACUAUCUUUUAGUAAGAAGCAUAAACUUUAUGAUGAACUGUGUUCACUUUAUACAAAGAAGAAACCUAAUGAGCCAAUACCUUUAAAUCCAGCUCGGUCAGAUGGGUUGGUCGGGUUGGUCUCUCACGAUCCAAACUUUAUACCAGAAACUACCUUUGUUUCCCCGUUACCAGAGUAUGGUAUGGGGGAUAUUAAAAACAAUAAAUCAUUAAGUGUAUUCUAUCAUUUACCCGAGAAAAUCGAACAUAAAUCAAUUCUAUUAAGAAACGUAAAAUUAGCACCCCGUAUUCUUAAUUGGGAGGAUCAGGAUCAUGUGAGAAGGGGUGGUCGAGGGAGAGGUAGGGGAAGAAAUGACUAUGGAGGUAGAAGGAAUGACUAUGGAAAUAGAAAUGACUAUGGAAAUAGAAAUGACUAUGGUGGUAGAAAUGACUAUGGUGGUAGAAAUGACUAUGGUAGAAAUGAUUAUGGUAGAAACGAUUAUGGUGGUAGAAACGAUUAUGGUGGUAGAAAUGAUUAUGGUGGUAGAAAUGCAAACUUUUCACCACUUAAUCAAAAAUGGCAAUAA